CUGGGCCUCGCUGACACCUCACUGCCCAAGGCUUGCUGGUCUCAGUUUGCCUUGUCAUGGCUUCGGUCUACCUCCAGACCCUCUGCCUCAUCUCCUCAUUUUGCGUCCUCCAAUCCCAGUUUGUUUCUCAAGAGAGCACGCGAUUUCUUCCAAAUCAACGACGUCUGUUCCGCAAACUGUUGUUAGGGCGACAGAGAACAUGGGAGCAUUCUCUUCCAGUGUUGGACCAGAACCCCCCACCCAGGUUUGUGCUGCUGGCUCCCAACCUCCUCAGGACGGACAGCGACGAGAACAUCUACCUGGAGGUGAAUGGCGCGUCAGACUCCUUGACGGUGACCAUAACAGUUGAAGACUUCCCAGAACGGAUAAUCCAACUACUGCAUGACACAGUGCACCUGGGGAAGGACAAUGAUUACAAAGCACUCAAGACUAUACAGCUUCCAUCCAAAAGCUUCUCAAGCGAGGCCAAAUCCAACAGCUAUGUGUACCUGACGGUGAACUUUGGCUCCCAUGUGGCUGAGAAGGUCCUCAUGGUCUCCUUCCAUUCUGGAUACAUCUUCAUCCAGACAGACAAGCCUGUCUUCAAUCCUGGAGACAUUCUGAAUUACAGGGCUUAUGUGGCGAAUCCCGACUUUAAAGCCGUCAACAGCUCGGUAACCAUUGAGAUCCAGAAUCCACAUGGGUUAGUGAUCCACGGAGUGUCACGGUCAAUAGCCAUAAACGGAAUCUUUUCUGAGAAUUAUCGAUUACCAGACAUUGUCAGUGAGGGGGUUUGGAAGAUUCUUGCAAAGUUCGACAGCAGACCUCAAAACCAGUUCAGCUCAGAAUUUGAAGUGAAAAAAUAUGUGCUUCCUGCAUUCAAUGUCACCUUGACACCGAAUAAGCCUUAUUUCCGUGUGGAUGACAGUGAGCUGGAAGUGGAGGUCACGGCAAGCUAUCUCUACGGCGAGCCAGUCAAAGGGACCGCUUAUGUGGUCUUUGGUGUUGAGGUAAACAAGGAAAAGAGAAGGUUCCCUCAUUCGUUGAAGCUCAUUGAGAACCUGGAAAAGGGCACAGCCAUUUUGAAGAUGUCCGACAUACAGAAAACGUUUCCGAACAUCAAAGAGCUGGUGGGCUGCCCAAUUUACGUCAAGGCCUCUGUCCUGACAUCUACCGGAAGUGACCUUGUGGAAGCAGAGAGGUCAGGCAUCAAGAUUGUGGAGUCUCCUUAUCAGAUUUCCUUCAAAGAUACUUCUAAGUACUUUAAGCCUGGUUUGCCGUUUGAUCUCAUGGUUCAAGUGACCCAUCACGAUGGCUCGCCGGCUCCAAAUGUCCCAUUCAAGCUGACCUUGAAUUCCGACACCGUGACCAUCACCUCUCACCGAGGGGUCAGCGAGGUGUCUCUCAACAUGCCCCCUGACCCUCAGCCUCAGACCAUAACUGUUAAGACGACGGAGAGUUAUCUGAAGGCAGAACACCAAGCCAAGCACCAGCUGGUGGUAUGGCCUUACACCCCAUUUAACACCAUGAACCAAAACUACCUGUACAUCUCCGGUGGAGCUCGACAAGUGUCUGUGGGAGCCUUCCUCAAUAUAGGGGUCCACUUGAAGAAUUCCAUUGAAUCACACAAAGACCUCAUCAAACACUUCACUUACCUGGUGUUAAACAAGGGCAAGAUCAUUGUCGCGGACCGCAUGCCCAUGGGAGGCCAGCAUCUCACCAUGGUCCCUCUGGUUGUCACCCCAGAGAUGAUGCCGUCCUUCCGCUUCGUGGCCUUCUACAUCCUCCCGUGGGUGGGCAUGUCAGAGGUGGUGGCAGACUCAGUGUGGGUGGACGUCGCGGACAGAUGCGUGGGCACGCUAAAAAUCAGUGAGGCAGAGGGAGGCAACGAACCUAUUUACCAACCUGGGAAGUCCUUUAAAUUCGAGAUCAGAGGUGACCCCGGAACCAGCGUGAGCCUGCUGGCAGUGGACAACGCAGUGUUUUUGCUCAACAACCAGAACAGGCUGAGCCAGAGCAAGAUCUGGAACGUGGUGGAGCGAGGUGAUAUCGGCUGCACCCAGGGCGGAGGUCAGGAUAGCCAGGGGGUGUUCAGCGAUGCUGGUCUGAUGUUCCACUCCAACAACGUGAGGGUCACAGACACAAGACAAGGCAUUAAAUGUGCCAGAUCUUCCAGAAGGAGGCGUUCUGUGCGGAUGCUACAGAACAAGUCUUCUCUUGAGGACCUGUAUAAAGACCACACUCUGCGGAGGUGCUGUCAGGAUGGCAUGCGCGAGAUCCCCAUGGACUACUCCUGUGCCCGGCGAUCUCGUUACGUGACAGAGGGGGUCGAGUGCAUCAAGGCCUUCCUGCACUGCUGCUCGCAGUACCGGGGAGAGGAACUGGUCAGCCACACCAGCAGGCCCACCACGGCUGAAGCUGCCACUGCUUUUGAUAUGAGCCACCAUGUUCCCUUUUUGCAGAGUCGGGUCAGAACAAUGGCUAGAAAAUUUAUGCUGCAAUCCACGCCUUCAGUACAAUCUAGGCCCGAUGAUGUUACUAAACAAAAUGAAGAAGACGAGGAAGAGGAAGAAGCUGAUGUGAUUGAAGAGCGCAAUGUUUAUGUCCGCUCAAAGUUCUUUGAGACCUGGCUGUGGAAUGAAAUCACUCUGCCUAAUAGUCCGACAAGGGGCCGUGGAGAUGGACUAGCGUCGCAUACUGUGAUGUCAGCGCUUCCUGACUCCAUCACGAAGUGGGGCAUUCUUGCCAUUGGGGCUUCUCCCACCAAAGGGUUUUGUGUAGCAGAACCCUAUAAUGUCGUGGCCAGGAAGGACUUCUUUGUGGACCUGCGGCUGCCGUAUUCUGUAGCCAGAAAUGAACAAGUGGAGGUCAAAGCGGUCAUCCACAAUUACAACAACCAAGACAUGGAGGUUAUCGUGAUCCUGUACAAGACGACAGAUAUCUGCAGCGUGGCCUUCACUGAGGAUCACCGGCAGGAGGUGAGUCUCCGUGCCCAGUCCUCGAGGGCCAUCCCUUACACCAUCAUACCGCUGAAGGCCGGACAGCUGGAGCUCGAGGUCAAGGUCCUCGGUCGCAGUUUCACCGGACACGACGGCGUGAGGAAGCGACUGCGUGUUGUGUUGGAGGGAGUGCAGAGGACCAAAGUUCAAAGUUUUGUCUUAAACCCAUCACUCAAAGGCGACAAGGAUGGGAAACAACUGGUAAAGAUUUCCAACAUGAAGUUGGAUUCUGUGGUGCCCAGAUCAAUCCCAGAGACAUACAUCAAUGUCCGAGGUAGCGUGAUCGCCGACACCAUCGAGAACUCUAUCAGCGACGACUCCCUGGCCUCGCUGUUGCGCAUGCCGGGCGGCUGCGUGGAGCAGAACCUGGCCAGCAUCACGCUGCCCCUCAUCGCCACGCACUAUCUGGACCGGGCACAGCAGUGGGAGAGCGUGGGGGUGCAGCGGCGUCUCGAAGCCGUCACAUACAUCAAGAAAGGUUAUGAGAAACAGCUGGCAUACGCCAAGAAAGACAACUCAUACCCACCAUAUCGGAAUGAAGGAACGAGCACAUGGAUAACAGCGUACGUGGUCAAGGUCUUUUCCAUGACCUACCCCAUUGUAAGCAUCAGUCAGGAGCACCUGUGCGGCCCACUGCUGUACCUGCUGAAGCAUAAGCAGCAGUCGGAUGGAUCCUUCAAAGAAGACAAUCCGGUCUAUGCAGCCGCCAUGACUGGAGGUAUACAAGGGGCGGAGUCCACAGCCACCCUGACAGCCUUUGUACUGAUAGCCAUGUCAGAAGCCAAGGCUGUGGUGGACUGCCAUGAAGCUGGCUUAUCGACAGAGAACCAAAUGAGGAAAUCCGUGAGCUACCUGAGGAAUCAGUUGCCGCGGCUGAGCAGGCCUUAUUCCGUGGCCAUUGCAGCGUAUGCCCUGGCCAUGAUGGGCGAGGACCGAAACUUCCUCAGAGCCCAGAUGCAGAGGGUUGCUUCUACAGAUCUGACUCACUGGCCAGACUCAGACAACUCCCUGUUCACCCUGGAGGCCACUGGCUACGCAUUACUCACCCACGUGAAAACGGGGGAGAUGGAGCGGGCGGCUCCCAUCUUCCAUUGGCUCAACGAAAGACGAAAACAAGGAGGAGGCUAUGGCUCCACACAGCCCACCAUGGUAGUCCUGCAGAGUCUGUCAAACUACCUGAUCCAGAAGCCCCCUCCUCAGGACCUGAGCCUCAACGUGGCCCUCAGAAUCCAUGGGCGCAGAGACACAACCUGGUCCUUCACCCCCAAGACGGCCUACCAGGCUCGCUCCACCAAGACAACUAUAAACCAGGACUUUACAGUGGAAGCUUCUGGAAAAGGUCAAGGUAUCCUUGAGAUUGUGACCAUCUACAACGAGCUGCCUGACGACCAGGACAAGAAAAGCUGCAAGAACUUUGAAUUGCAGGUCUCGAUAGAAGAGAUGCGUGAUGGAAAGCCUUCCCCGGAUAAUGAGCGGUCGUACAGACUGGACAUCAGUGUGAGAGCACUGGCUCAGGACGAGGUCAGAAUGACUGUACUGGAUAUUACCAUUCCCACUGGGUUCGUCCCAGAAACCAGAGAUCUUGAAACGUUGACCAACUCCGUGGACCGCUACAUUAACAAUUACGAGAUUGUGGACAGUCUGAGUGACAGGGGAUCCCUCAUCAUUCACCUCUUCAAGGUGUCAAACACGCAAAGUGAGACCAUCUCCUUCAGGUUGCUCCAGAAGUUCAAUGUGGGACUGAUCCAGCCAUCUUCGGUCACAGUCUACGAAUAUUACAACCCAGAACACAAAUGCAUGAAGUUCUACAGUCCACUGGGAGAAAAGGCUGAACUGCAGCAGAUCUGCGGCAAGGAGACGUGCCGCUGUGCUGAAGGUGACUGCUGCGUCUCAAAGAAGCGAGAUAAGUCCCUCACCAGCUUCGUGCGCCAUGAUGUAGCCUGCGAUGGCCUCAAGUACGGUAGGCAUCGUCACACGGUUGGAGGUCAAAGGUUAAAGGUGAAGUGGCCCAAUGAAUUGUGUUUCGGUAUUAAGAUUUCUGCCAUGAAACUCACAGACACUUUCUCUACAGUGUAUAAAGUGGGGGUCUCCAAAAUCAGCAGGAGCCAAUAUGACAGAUAUGAGGUUGAAAUAAAAAAGGUUAUAAAAGAAGGAACACAUACUGGAAUUCAGGCAAGAGGACAAAUCGUCUUCUUAUCACAUGCCGGUUGCCGCAACGGUCUGGACCUCCAGGAAGGCAGAGACUAUUUGAUCAUGGGACCUCCUGAGGAUGUUUGGCAUGAGGAUGGGGACACCAGCAGAUUCACCUACGUCUUGGGAAAGAGAACUUGGGUAGAGCACUGGCCAACGGAGGCCGAGUGCCAGAGCGACGCAUCGCUCCAGGAGACAAGCACCCAGCUGGAGGAGUUUGCAACCAGCGUUCUAGAGAGCGGCUGCCAGUACUGAGAAUUCCCACGGCUGCCGAGCGUCACUAUGACCAAAAGCUGCAUGUGGAGGGACGUGGGGAGGGGCUAAUGGAAAACUGGAUCCCAGACAAUCCAGUGGAUCAUCACUAUCGCUUUUUCACUGUUCUGGAUAAAAAGGAAUUUGUUUUGUCACUGAAUGUCCAUAAUGUAUGUUAGUAAAACACUACAAUUAAACUUUGUGUUGGUUCAAA